AUGCGGCCGAAGACUUUUCCCGCCACGACCUACUCUGGGAACAGCCGGCAGCGGCUGCAGGAGAUCCGCGAGGGGCUGAAGCAGCCGCCCAAGACCCCCACCCCGGGGCCACCCACAGGGCCGGGCAGUGACGCCGCCCUGGAUGCCAAGGCCCUGGGGGGCAAGGACACGGCCAGGCAGCAGCAGCAGACGAGGACAGCCCCGAAGUUCGGGCCUUACCAGAAAGCCCUGAGAGAAAUCAGAUACUCCUUGCUGCCCUUUGCUAAUGAAUCGGGCCCUUCGGCCGCCGCAGAAGUAAACCGACAAAUGCUGCAGGAAUUGGUGGACGCGGGCUGUGACCAGGAGAUGGCGGGCAGGGCCCUCAAGCAGACCGGCAGCCGCAGCAUCGAGGCCGCCCUGGAGUUCAUCAGUAAGAUGGGUUACCUGGAGCCGGGCAAGGAGCAGAUUGUGCGGGUCGUCAAGCAGACCUCCCCAGGAAAGGGCCUGGCGCCAGCCUCUGUGCCGCGGAGGCCGAGCUUCGAAGGAGCAGGUGACCCUUUCCCGCCCUACGCCCAGGUGAGCGGGCCGGCCUUCGAGGGCCCCGCCGCCCUGGAGGAGGCGCCCCGCCAGUACCCGGACUUCCUCUUCGCCGCCGUCGGGCCUCACUGCCGUCCGCACCCACCCAAGGGCUAUGCCGCCGCCGGGGAGGCCGCCGGGAUAAGCCUCCCCGGCCCCGGGGGCCCGGCGCCCCCGCUGCAGGGCCCGCACUACAGGGCCCCCCUGCUGGUGCCCGGGGAGCCCCUGGGCUACGGCGUCCAGCGCAGCCCCUCCUUCCAGAGCAAAACCCCGCCGGAGGUCGGUGGGUACGCGGGCCUGGCCGCCAAGGGCCCGGCUGUGCAGGUGCAGGUGCAGCCCGGCCUCGCGUUCCCGCCCCCGGGCGGCGCCGCCGCGUACGCGCCCCACCCGCACCCCAAGCAGCCCCACCCGGUGCACGCGGGGGGCCCCCGGGGCGCCGUGUUCGCUGGCGACAGCCCCCCGCAGGGCCUGGCCACCCCCUCCCGGACCGGCCUCGGCGCCGAGCGGUUCGAGCCGAGCGCGCCCCCCGCGCCGCAGUGGCCGAGCGCCGGCCUGGCCCGGCGGGACUCGCUGCAGAAGCCGGGCCCCAGCAGGACCGGCUCCUUCAACGGCCACCAGGCGGCGACCGCGCCCUCCCCCAACGCCAUCACGGCCGUGACGGCCGCGCACAUCCUGCACGCGGUGAAGAGCGUGCGGGUGAUGAGGCCCGAGCCCCAGACGGCCGUGGGGCCUUCGCACCCCGCCUGGGUGCCGCCGCCGGGCCCCGCGCUCGAGGGCCUGGAGCCCCAGGACGAGCAUCCCCCCGCCCCGGGGGGCGCCGAGGCGCGGGGCCGGCCCCCGCCCUACCCGCGGCACCUGCUGCGGCCGCAGGGCCGCGCCGAGCAGUACGACGUGGACGGCCUGUGCGCGGGGCUGCAGCAGGGCCUCCGGGGCAGCCGGGCCGCCGAGCCCCCCGACGGGAGCCCCAGGAGCCCCAGGGGCGCCAAAGGGGAGAAGGCGGGCAAGGACCGCAAGCAGAUCCAGACGUCCCCGGUGCCCGUGCGCAGGGGCUGCCGCGACGAGGAGAAGCGGGAGUCGCGCAUCAAGAGCUACUCGCCGUCCGCCUUCAAGUUCUUUAUGGAGCAGCACGUGGAGAACGUGCUGAAGACCUACCAGCAGAAGGUGGCUCGCAGGCUGCAGCUGGAGCAGGAGAUGGCCAAGGCUGGGCUCUGUGAAGCUGAACAGGAGCAGAUGAGGAAGAUCCUGUACCAGAAGGAGUCCAAUUACAACAGGCUCAAGAGGGCCAAGAUGGACAAGUCCAUGUUCGUGAAGGUGAAGACCCUGGGCGUCGGCGCCUUCGGGGAGGUGUGCCUGGCCUGCAAGGUGGACACGCACGCCCUGUACGCCAUGAAGACGCUGAGGAAAAAGGACGUCCUGAAUCGCAACCAGGUGGCCCACGUGAAGGCCGAGAGGGACAUCCUGGCGGAAGCGGACAAUGAGUGGGUGGUCAAGCUCUACUACUCCUUCCAGGACAAGGACAGCCUGUAUUUUGUCAUGGACUACAUCCCGGGCGGCGACAUGAUGAGCCUGCUCAUCCGCAUGGAGGUGUUCCCCGAGCCCCUGGCCCGCUUCUACAUCGCGGAGCUGACACUGGCCAUCGAGAGCGUCCACAAGAUGGGCUUCAUCCACCGCGACAUCAAGCCGGACAACAUUCUUAUAGAUCUCGAUGGCCAUAUCAAGCUGACAGACUUUGGCCUCUGCACUGGGUUCAGGUGGACGCACAACUCCAAAUACUACCAGAAAGGGAGUCACACCAGGCAGGACAGCAUGGAGCCCAGCGACCUCUGGGACGACGUGUCUAAUUGCCGCUGUGGAGACCGGCUCAAGACCCUGGAGCAGAGGGCGCGGAGGCAGCAUCAGCGGUGUCUGGCUCAUUCCCUGGUUGGGACCCCAAAUUACAUCGCCCCAGAAGUGCUCCUCCGAAAAGGAUACACCCAGCUCUGCGACUGGUGGAGUGUUGGCGUGAUUCUCUUCGAGAUGCUGGUGGGGCAGCCGCCCUUCCUGGCGCCGACUCCCACGGAGACCCAGCUGAAGGUGAUUAACUGGGAGAGCACGCUGCACAUCCCCACGCAGGUGGAGCUGAGCCCCGAGGCCCGGGACCUCAUCGCCAAGCUCUGCUGCUCGGCUGAGCACCGGCUGGGCCGCAACGGGGCCGACGACCUGAAGGCCCACCCGUUCCUGGGCGCCAUUGACUUCUCCAGCGACAUCCGGAGGCAGCCUGCCCCCUACGUGCCCACGAUCAGCCACCCCAUGGACACGUCCAACUUCGACCCAGUGGACGAGGAGGGCCCCUGGCAGGAUGGCAGCGAGGACAGCUCCAAGGCCUGGGAUGCACUGGGCCCCCCGGGCAGCCGGCACCCCGAGCAUGCCUUCUAUGAGUUCACCUUCCGGAGGUUCUUUGACGACAACGGCUACCCAUUCCGGUGCCCCAAGCCUGCGGUGGCCGAGACCGGGACUGAGGCCGAGCAGCCAGCUGCGGGGGGCCUGGCCCCGGGGGCACAGGCCGGGGGCUGCCAGCCCGUGUACGUGUAG